CAACAAUGCGAUAUAUCUUGAUUAACAUUAUAUCACUUUUGUAUCAAAUGUAGCGCCUCGGCCGUAAGCGACCUUUAUAAGUAAUAGAUGUAAAUGCCUUAUCAAUGCGAGACAUAAACCUAUUAUACUUAACUAUUUGUAAUAAAUUUUUCAUUAAUUUUCUUAUUUUUCAUCUUUGUUGACCAAUGUUUAUUUUAAAUCAAAAGAUAAAAAUAUAGACAUACAUAAAAGUAUCUCUUUAACUCACCGGGGAUUAUGUUAUCCCAAAGGAUAACGUUAGAGAUGCAGGUAGUGGAUCGUAUAUCUUCAUUGUUGGGCUGUCAGCGGAAGAAGUGAAUCGGAGUACCGAGUGAAUUUCAAGUCUGGAUAAUACAUACACUGGAGGAGGUUGGUCUCCAAAAGACGUCGGCAUAAAAGACAUCGAAGGGACAUAACUCAUUCACCUCGCCGCUGUAGACAUCUUUUCUCCGUCUCGUUUCUUUGUCUUCUCCUUGUCGGGAGAGUUGUUUCUUCGUCUACCACGGAUUUUGCAUUAAAGCAAAUUAAUUACGUGUCACUCUCAGAUGCAUCGCGUCUCCUCAUGGUGGAUUGCUUUUUCUAACCAACCAUCCCGCCGAAAGGGGUGUGCGUAACACGCCUGUUUCUCUUCCUCCUCCUUUCCUUCCGCCACCGCCACCUCUUAAUCAAUCACAGUUGCGGUGUAACACGUGAUUCUGAAUUUAGAGAGAUGUCGAGGGUACAUAUUACUUAGUCGAAUAUAAAUCGAGUGAUGUAAGUUGGAUUGUAAAUACUCGAGAUUUCCGAUGUGGAGCAAAAGAUGUGGAAGGAUAUUCUUGUUUUUGGGGGUGAAAGAAACGGUUUUUGGGUGUGUAAGGGGAUGACGACGACUACGUCGGAUACAGGAGCUAUUUGUCAAGUGGAAAGACCGGAGAGGACCUUCGAUUACGUCUGAUAGAUGAGUCUAGUUCGAGAGGGAAACUCGUCGAGUGGUGGGCAGAUGAAAAAUUACAAGAGAUGGCACACAUGGGACAUCGAAACUAGGACAAGACAAUCAAAGGCUGAAGAAUUAAAUUCGAUAGUAGGUAAUGCUUUCCGUAUGGCGUACGCAGCUCAAUUACAAAAACAACCCACGCUCCAAGACGUAAUAGUAUCGCAAUUAGACCAAACCAAACAAGAUAAAGUUCUUUGGGCUAAAGAAUUAACACUUAAACCAUCCUCGGAAAAACAACCCUCAACAACAAUAUUAAACAACGCAUCAACAGCCGAAAUGGACGUCCAAUUAAACAACGCGGAUUCAACCGCGAUUAGAUUAGCCCCGCCGAAUUCAAUCCCGGGAUUAAAAUCGAAUCAUAAAUUUAACGUUCUUUGCCAAAACUCAACAACAACCGAAAAGAAUCAAUCUCAACAAAGCACCCCGAGUAGCGAUGAAAGUAAUUCCCCAACAGAAAUGAACUCUUAUAAAAGAAUGGCGGAAAAGCCGCCGUUAAUAAAGCGAUUAGCGAUGGGAUUAACCGGAAAUCAUUACCAUCAAAAUCAAGAUGACGAUAGUUGUCCGUUAGUUAAUGAUUCAUUAAGCAGUACGCCGAGUAGUCCAACAAAUCGGCCGCUAAGUGGCGGUUACGUUAACGAAACGAAUAACACAAACGGCGAAAAUAAAAGUGAAAAUUUAAAAACCGAUUUAUCGCCGAAACAUAUCGAAAUCGAAACAACAAAAUUAUUACAAAAUUCGUCACCACUUCAUAGCUCACCAUCGUUACAAGUAGACCAAGAAUUUAAAAAUAAAAGGAUAUCGCAGAUUUCUUCGAGUAGUUCGAGUAGUUGUGCACAAACUACCGAUGGCGGUGGCGGCGGCGGUGGCAUUUUGUCGUUUAUGCCAACGCCUCCGCCGUUACCCGAACGAACCGAUUCUUUGAAUAACAAAGAAGAAGGCGAGUUAAGAUUAGCGCCGUGGUUUCAAGCUGGAAUCCCAAGAGAAAUCGCCUUGGAAAUUUUAGCGCAGGAACCAGUCGGGGCUUUUAUGGUUAGAGAAAGCACCAGCAAACCUGGUUGUUUUGCGUUAUCGCUUCGAGUACCGAGAAGUUUUCAACCGACAGGAAUUGCACAUUAUUUAAUAGUUAGAACAAACAGAGGAUAUAAAAUUAAGGGAUUUACAAAAGAAUUCGCAACAUUAACGUCAUUAAUAACACAUCAUUCGGUGAUGCCCGAAUUACUUCCUUGUCCACUCUCAUUAAGCCGUUACAACCCGAGUUUUGUAAAAUCGGACUCCAAACGGGAUUUCGCCGACAUCGAUUUGGACCCCGAUUACAACACAUUGGCCGAUUUUCGAAAAAUGAUGGCGGAUUUAAACGUUUAAUAAAGUUAAAGUUAUAUAAAUGAAAAAAACCUAGUCGAGGAACAGUGUCUUUAAACAAAAAACAAAAAGUGAUUGAGAUUUUUCAGUGCAUGCUAAAGAAAUUAAAAAAGAUAAUAAGGAAUAAGAAACAGUCUAAAAGACGCAGUUGCUGUGUAAUUUGUGAUACAUUUCAAUAAGAAUUCCACGAUUUUUUUUUAUUAAGGAUAAUUUUUUUUCGGUUAAGUUAUUGCGUAUGUCGUUGUCGCUAUCGGUAGAUGUAAGAGAAAGACUUUUAUAUUAAAAAAACAAUGUAUAAAAAUGAGAGAGAACAAAAACGAUGUGGUAAAAAGCUUUUCCCCCUAAAAAGUGAAUAAAUAACGUGAGAUGUAAAAAUAAUCGCUUGCAAACUUUGUUGUUUAAAGUUUCUUUUAGAUUUAUAAGAAUCAUUUCCUACUCUAUUUGUUCUCGAUUGAUAUUUACAUCAAAUGAGAACGAAUAGACUCUAAUUUAAUGAAUAAAUAGACCUAAUUUAACUUAA